GUGUUCCACGUUGACGAAUUGACGCGACGCUGUUGACCUUCCACGUAGCAUGCGGCAAUGGUAGCGGUCUCGUUAUGUCGGAAUAUUCAAUCGUAGACUCAGUAACAGAGUAUAUGUGAAACCAAAUUAAUCCUUAUACAUAACAGAAAAGAUAGUAUACAACUAGUGAAUUAAAAUGAAGAGAUUCAGUUUUUUUCUCUUAUUAGCCAUUCCUCUUAUCAUUUUAAGUGCGAACAGAGGAUCUGGCAUAGCUUAUGCUCAAGAAGAUGAAAAUAUUGAUGAUAUAGUAGAUGUAGAAAGUGAAGACAAUACAGUUAUCGCAGAGGAUGAACUUGAAGAAGAAACAGUAAAUGCUUCGACCGAUGCAGACACAACCAUUUUGUUUACUAAACCUAUCCAUAAUGCGUUAUCUACCCUUGAGCUACCAGCUGGAAAUUUGGUAGAAUUUCUCGUUGGUUUCACUAAUAAAGGUGAAAAUGAUUUCGUUUUGGAAUCAUUGGAUGCCUCAUUUCGUUAUGCCAUGGAUUUUAACUUCUACAUUCAAAACUUCUCUACAUACACAUUUAAUAGAGUAGUAAAACCUAAACACGAAGCAACAUUGGCAUAUUCUUUUGUACCUUCUGAAACAUUUGCAGGAAGACCAUUUGGACUCAAUGUCAAUCUUAAUUAUAGAGAUGCGAAUGGAGUUGGCUAUAACGAAGCGGUUUAUAAUGAAACAGUACAAGUCAUAGAAUUAGAUGACGGAUUGGAUGGAGAGACCGUGUUUCUUUAUGUAUUCCUUGCUGCAUGUGUAAUACUGACUUUAGUUGGUGGACAACAACUCCUUUCGUCUUUUGGUCGCAAAUCUCGUUCUUCCACAACACGCAAAGCACCUAUAGAGAUGGGAACAUCUAAUCCUAAUAAUGUAGAUUAUGAUUGGUUACCAAAGGAAACUCUUAAUACACUCAAUAAGUCCCCCAGAACACCAAAACAAAAAACCAAGCAAAGAAAAGGAAAGCGGACAUCUCCAACAAUGUCUGGAACAGAAAAUCACUCAAAUAAUCUGAAUAAUUUAUGAAAUUAAUGUCUAUGAUUAACAUUCUUCGUUAGGUGAGAUAACAAAAGCGUAAUUUGUACAUUGUCAUGAUACCUGUAUUAUAAACAUCAUCAUAUAUAAUUUUGAACAAAACACUUGAUAUCAUAAUAAGCUAUUAUUUAAAUAAUAUGAAAUUAGUAUAUAACGAAAAAAAAAACUGCAGUGUUGUGUGUUUCAUUUGUACAAUUUACAUAAAAAUUUUGUAGUUCCAUAAAUGUUAUUAUCUCCAGCAUACAUGUUGUUUCUUCGUAAAACGAGAUGGGUAUGUAUGCGUCUAUGAUAAAAAAAUAAAUGUGAUUGUUUUAUAAUUAUAAUCGUAUUACGCACGAAAAUGUGAUGCAAUUAAACUAGCCAUUUUAUAUAAGUAUCUUUAUGAUAUAUCGUUUCCCUAUACAUUAUUAAUAAAACUGUAUAAAUCCA